UGAAUGGGGUCGGUGAAAAAAAAAUAAUUGGCAUCCAUGUGUGACCUGGCUCAUGCUACACGGUAUAUACAUAUACAAUUAUACUUACAAAUAAUGUGAAUAAAAUAUAUAAGCGGCAUCGCCAGCUUGUAUAUGACGCGAGCUCACAAACUGUACUUUGUUUAGAGAGAGAUUAUUUGAAUAGAGAGAGAAAUCACUGACGGACGGCUAAUCAUCAGCGACCAAUCCAUUUCCGUCAGACUCAGAGUCACACAGAUUCUUGCCGCUUCUGCUUAUAAGCGGUGAGGAUGUCAACCUCUGCCAGGAAAAGAUUGAUGAGGGAUUUCAAGAGGUUACAGCAGGACCCUCCUGCUGGAAUUAGCGGCUCUCCUUGUGACAACAAUAUCAUGCUUUGGAAUGCUGUCAUAUUUGGUCCUGAGGACACUCCUUGGGAGGGAGGUACAUUUAAAUUGACACUUCAGGUCACCGAGGAUUAUCCGAAUAAACCACCAACAGUGCGAUUUGUUUCCCGAAUGUUCCAUCCAAACAUUUAUGCAGAUGGAAGUAUUUGUUUAGAUAUUCUGCAAAAUCAGUGGAGUCCAAUAUAUGACGUGGCUGCUAUACUUACAUCCAUCCAGUCACUGCUCUGUGACCCGAACCCAAACUCACCUGCCAAUUCAGAAGCUGCACGGUUGUUUAGUGAGAGCAAGCGUGAGUACAAUAGGAGAGUGCGGGAGAUUGUGGAGCAGAGCUGGACAGCUGACUAAAGCGAUCAUGGUUGAGGUGCUGUAGGAGGUUGGCAUUUGUGAGAUGCGGGAUCACAUCGUCGCUCUUCCUCCUUGGAAGGUGGUCUAAAUUUCUCUGGAAGGACUUCUUUUUAGAAUCAUUGCUACAUUAAUAACAGAUGUACUAGAAAAUUUAUUACUCAUAUUAUAUGUUCACAUAUAGGGACUUCAAGCUUUUCUAUCUUGUGAUCUUUUUGUAUUGCUUGCUUCUUGGAGUUUCUUGUACAUAAUUAUUUAUUGUAUCAAAUUGUCCAGAAGACACUAUGACAUUUCUUUCCUUCAA